UGGCGGCUUGCAGUGUUCGUUUGGUUUGUUUGUGGUACAUAGUUUCUGCAGUCUUUCUCAGUUCUGUGCUCGCUUCUGUUUGAUGUGGCCUCUGCUAUAAGUUUCUCGGUAGUGGUUCUUGCUUUCGUUCGCAGGUGCAUUUUUAACUUUGCGUUACAAAGAUACAAGGAAUCCCGCGGCGGUACCUCGCUGUCCACUCCGGUCGGUGUGCCUGUUCAACUCAUUCGUCUGCCCAAUAACACAGAAAAAAACUCACUGAGAGAAGUUUUUUUUUUUUUAGUGCCCAGCUGAAUGCGAUGGCGCUUACAGAGAAAGAACUGGGAGCCUUGCUGUCAAUCAUUCAGGAAGCAAACUUGGAGAAACAGACUUUCGAGUCUUUAGGCCAAACACUGCAUCAAAGUUUUACGAAGCAAGAUCAUUUUAGAGUCAGCUGUGCGCUGGUGCUCCUUCUGCAGCAGUCGGAUCUGAUUGGUGGAAAAUGUCAGAGGGUAGCUGCGUUGUAUCUUUUGUACGAGAUGUACAGGACGGAGUCAGUUCACAUGAAUCCGUUCAUCAAUGUCUUCGUACACCUCUUAAACCCCAUGGAAGAAACAUCCGGGAAGAAACUGGAAUUUGCUCACAUCAUUCCCAAACUUACGGUCCAAGAAAAAUACUUCAUAUCUCAACUUCUCACGGUUCCUGCAAAAGAUUUGUUCACAAAGACUCCGCUUCAGAUCAUGAACUUGGACGAAAAUAAUAUCCAGAUAUCUGACACGGCUGGCAUUCAAGUAUCAUUUGCCGAGCAGCAGUCAGAGAUGCCCCAGUCUAGCAAAUCCGGAAUUCCACUGGUGAUCGGAGACCCUGACUUAAAGCCUUACAGUAUCUUCAGCGAGACACCAAAUCCUACAAAGACAAUAGAACAGCUCUUAUCUGGAGACAAUCCACCUGUGGAUGGAGUGUUCAAGCCAGAAUUCCUAAGGCUGGUCUCUCCCCUUCAUGCUUGCGAGGAUGAGCCGGUGUGGCUGACUCCCAUAGACCCUGACGAGCACCUGGUCGCGUGGGAUCCGACCAUGUGUCAGGGAGACAGUGCUGGAGCCGAGGCUAAGCGUCUCAUGGCGAAAGCAUUCAAGGGAACCCUCACACAAGCGCAACAGCAACAGCUUCUUGGAGAGUUGGCACGCGACCCAAAGCUUGUGUACCACAUAGGGCUCACACCCGCCAGGUUGCCAGACUUGGUGGAAAAUAAUCCGCUGAUAGCGAUCGAGGUUCUUCUGAAGCUCAUGCAGUCCAACCAGAUAACAGAAUACUUCUCUGUGUUGGUGAAUAUGGAAAUGUCACUUCACUCAAUGGAAGUCGUUAACCGACUGACCACAGCAGUUGACCUUCCAACAGAGUUUGUUCACCUGUACAUCUCCAACUGCAUAUCAACGUGCGAGACCAUCAAGGACCGCUACAUGCAGAACCGCUUGGUGCGCCUCGUGUGCGUUUUUCUGCAGUCUCUCAUAAGAAACAAGAUCAUUAAUGUACAGGACCUCUUCAUAGAAGUGCAGGCGUUCUGCAUAGAAUUCAGCAGAAUCCGCGAAGCUGCAGCUCUCUUCAGGCUGCUCAAGCAAUUAGACACUGCUGAGCAGAGUCCAAUGUCACCGACGCAGUCAAACAACAAGUGAAUAUGAUCCUUCCAUGGGAUGAUCCAUUCGUGGGAAGUGUCCACAAUCGUGCUGUAGCCUUUGGUCUAAUGGCCUAAUUGCGUUUUUGUAAAUAGAAGUUUUGAGACGUG